AUGAGCGACGCGUCGCCAACGCCCGAGCCAGAAACCCUCGAAGCGCUACAAUCUCGACACCGCAAGGAGCAACGCGACCUCGUAUCACGUAUAACGCAAAAGAAGAAGCAAGCGAGCAAAAAGACACGAAAGGGUGUCAACGACGAGUGCGAGCAGCUAGAGCGCGAAUUGAAGGAGCGGCAGGCGCAUGAACUUGCCGUGCAGAACGGGGAGGCUGUAGAUGUCGAGGAACAUGAACAGGGUCCACGGAGCUCUGAGGAUGAGGCGCAGGAUAUACAAGAUGACAUGGCCAGCCUCAAGCUAAAUGGUUCUACCCCAGAAAGCAAAGAGAGCAGUACAAAUGGUGAUUCCACCGAACCCAGAAAGAAGAAGCCGAACCGCGCAAAAGCCCGCCUCGCCCGCCGCGCCGCCGAACAAGCCUCCAUGAUCGCCGAAGCAGAGCGCGAGGCUGCCAAUGCACCAAACCCACGCGAACUAGAACGAGAGCGCAUGGCGACACAGUUACAAAAACAUGGGCUGGCCCUGCAUGAGAUACGAGCGGAUGGUCAUUGUUUGUAUGCGGCAGUUGCGGAUCAGUUGCAGACACGAGAACUGAGCUUGAAGCCAAGGAUAGGUGUCACUAUCGUUGGACAGGGUGAACAAGAAGCAGACAAGAAGCUAGAAGGAUACAAGACAGUCAGGCACGCAGCGGCAGACUGGAUCCAAGGUCACGCCGACGACUUCUCGGGAUUCAUGGAAGACCCGUUGCCCGAGCACGUCCGCAAGAUUAGAGAGACGGGCGAAUGGGGUGGACACUUGGAGCUGCUUGCGUUGGCUAGGACAUACGGCCUCCGGAUAUGUGUACUACACAGCGAUGGGCAGGUGGACAGGAUAGAGGUUGAAGACGAGGUCAAAGAAAAGGAGGAGAUCUGGCUGGGAUACUACAAGCACAGUCACGGGUUGGGCGAGCACUACAACUCGUUGCGCAAGGAAGGCUGA